UCAUUCAUCAGUUCUCAUCUCCACCAUCGAUCGCUAAUUCGCUAUAGAAGACGACCAUCCCAGGCUCCCAGGCUCCCAGGCUCCCAUUGCGCUUCUCAAGCCCUAAACCAGAAACUCUCUCUCUUUCUCUCUCUACUGAGGUUUUGAAGAUGGAAGCAGUCGCGGUUCUUCGGUCUUCUUCUGGGAUAUGUAAACCUCCAAAUUUUGUCACUGAAUCAGGUUUUCUAACAGCGAGGGCACCGGAUUUUGUUUUCUUCAAUUCCAAACUUCGUCUUUCGAACGGAUGGAUCAAGCAUUCUCCUUCAACUUAUCUUUCUAAGCAAGGACAGAGUAGUUCAGUUUUCAAAAGUAGGAAGAGGACCAUUAUGAAGGCAUCGGCCUCUCAGGACUCUACUGAGUCGGCUUCCCCGAUUGCUCCUCUAAAGUUGGAGUCUCCUGUUGGGCAGUUCCUUGCUCAGAUUUUGAGAAGCCAUCCUCAUCUUGUUCCUGCUGCUGUUGACCAACAGCUUGAACAGCUUCAAACUGAUCGUGAUGCUGAGAAACAGAAGGAAGAGCCAUCGUCUUCCAGCACAGACCUUGUCUUGUACAGGAGAAUAGCUGAGGUUAAGGCUACAGAGAGGAGAAAAGCUCUAGAAGAGAUCCUGUAUGCAUUAGUUGUACAGAAAUUUAUGGAUGGCAAUGUUUUCUUGAUACCUACAAUACUCUCAUCCAAACCUUCUGGUCGAGUUGACACAUGGCCAAACCAAGAUGAGAAGCUUGAGCAGCUUCAUUCCUCAGAAGCCUAUGAGAUGAUUCAGAAUCACCUGGCUCUUAUACUGGGGAACCGAGUAGGGGACUCUAGAACUGUUGCACAGAUAAGCAAACUCAGGGUUGGGCAAGUCUAUGCUGCCUCCGUAAUGUAUGGAUAUUUCCUCAAGCGGGUUGACCAGAGGUUUCAGCUUGAGAAGACAAUGAAGAUCCUUCCAUAUGCAUCAGAUGAACAAGAGACUGACAUUGAGCAAGUUAUGGCAGAGCAAACUCCAAGUGGUGGUGAGGGUAUUGAAGCUUCAUCCCAGACUGAGCAAACUCACCCUGAGGUUUCAUCGUGGCUAGGGAACUUCGGCCCAGGGGGGUUUGGGCAUGGGUAUAAGUCAUCAAAACUCCGUACCUAUGUAAUGUCAUUUGAUGCAGAGAUGCUGCAGAGGUAUGCGACAAUAAGAUCCAAGGAGGCUGUUAGCAUCAUUGAGAAGCAUACAGAGGCAUUGUUUGGGAGGCCUGAAAUUGUGAUCACACCUCAUGGGACUAUUGAUUCUUCCAAAGAUGAACUCAUUAGAAUAAGCUUUGGGGGGUUGAAGAGGCUUGUUUUGGAAGCAGUAACUUUUGGUUCUUUCCUCUGGGAUGUUGAGAGCUAUGUGGAUUCAAGGUACCAUUUUGUGGCAAAUUGAUUUCUGCUGUUCAUGUAGGUGUGUGCUAAAAUGAGGUGAGGCCAAGCUUACUAUCAGGAGCAAAAGUGACCAACUCAACUGGAAUUUUAGUAAGCAAAUGUACAUUUGAAACUGCGGUAUUAUCAGUCUUCCCGAUUUUCUAAUAGGAAGGAUUUCAGAUGGUUCUAAUUUGAGAUGAUGCACUUACACAUAAAAUCUUUGGACUUUCGGCCUUUUUUAUAUUUUAAAUUAAGAAUGUCUAUAUAUAUUUUUUCCUAAUGGAUUACAGAAUGCUUCAAUAUGUCUGUUAUUUGCAAUACAGUUUGAAAGCUUAUGCUUGACUUGACAAGGCAUAGAGUGCUAUUAUAUA